AUGCCGUCCAAGCCUGCCCCAAUCAAGAAGGCGGCUAAGAAAGAACCAGCCAAGAAGGAGGAGGAGAAGGCCCCUGAGCCCGCUCCCGAACCGGCCCCAGAGGUGGCUCCCGAACCCGCUCCUGCCGAGGCUGCCCCCGCCGAGGCCGCUCCUGCCGAGGGCGCCCCAGCCCCCGCUGAGGGCGAGGCUGCACCUGCCGAGGAUGCCGCUGCUGCCCCGCCAGCUGAGGAGCCCAAAGCCCCCACCCCUCCACCCCCAGAUGAGCCCACAAGCGCUCCUCUGGAUAUGUUCGUUGAGGACAAGAACGACACCUCAGUUACCAUCAUCUGGAGCCAGCCAGAGACCGUCGGCCUGUCCGGUCUGGAUGGAUACACCAUUGAAGUCUGCAAGGAUGGAACUGAGGACUGGAAAGCAGUUAACGAGGCUCUGCAGAAGUCCUGCCGCUACGUUAUCAAGAACCAGACCACAGGUGACCGUCUGAAGAUCCGUGUGGUGGCUGUGAACGCCGGCGGCCGCAGCCCCCCCGUCACCCUGCCCGAGGCUGUCCUGGUGAAGGAGGUGGCUGACCGCCCCAAGGUUCGCCUGCCUCGUUUCCUCAGGCAGAGAUACGUCGCUCACGUCGGAGACAAGAUCAACCUGACCAUCCCCUUCACAGGUAAACCCAAACCUGUGGUCUCCUGGACAAAGAACGGACAGCCUCUGGACACAAAGAGGGUGAACAUCCGCAGCACUGAAAGAGACAGCAUCCUGUUCAUCCGUACGUCUGAGAGAGACGACUCCGGAGUCUAUGAGAUGUGCGUGAAGGUGGACGACUUUGAAGACAAGGCCUCACUCACCCUUCAAAUUGUUGAGCUGCCAGGACCUCCUGCCUCUGUGAAGAUUGCAGAUACCUGGGGCUUUAAUGUUGCUCUGGAGUGGACCGUACCCAAGGACAACGGAAACACAGACAUCACAGGUUACACAGUGCAGAAGGCCGACAAAAAGACUGGAGACUGGUUCACUGUGAUGGAGCAUUACCAUAGACUGAAUGCCACCAUCUCUGACCUCAUCAUGGGCAACACCUACAAGUUCAGAGUGUUUUCUGAAAACAAGUGCGGAAUGAGCGAGGACGCCGCUAUUACAAAGGAGGAGGCCAAGAUCCUGAAGACAGGUAUUGAUUACAAGCCUCCUGAUUACCAGGAGCACAACUUCACAGAGGCUCCCAAGUUCACCACCUCCCUGAGUGACAGAGCCACUACUGUCGGCUACAGCACCAAGCUGCUCUGCUCCGUCAGGGGACAACCAAAACCCAAGGUUCAAUGGAUGAAGAACCAGAUGAUCAUUGGAGACGACCCCAAGUUCAGGCAGAUCUGCGUCCAGGGUAUCUGCUCUCUGGAGAUCCGUAAGCCCGGUAACUUCGACGGAGGUGUGUACUCCUGCAGAGCCAAGAAUGAUCUCGGAGAAGCAACUGUCAGCUGCAAACUGGAGGUCAAACAGCCAGUGGUUGCAGAUGCAGAUAAGAAAUAGGUCAACAUUCUCAUAAUCACAGGAGCAGACGGAAUGAGGCCUUUGCAGCCUAAGGAAGGUGCUGGAUUCCUGGAAGAACAUGUACAGUAUAUAUGGCUGGUGACCACACUACACGAGGGUUGUUGCCUGUGACCUCUUGCCAAGUGUUACCCGAUGUUAUGAUGAACAAUUGUUGUCGCUUUG